GUCAACACGCCCAUUCUCCACUAAUAGACGACACGAGCUAGCAAGUCAGUUAUGACAACCUUGAACCUCAAUCCUCCUAUUCCUUCCGAGCUUGAUGAUGAGUUUGACAAUGCUGAUGCCGACCUCCCUUCUGGGCACGUAUGGGCUUACCCAUGCAAGCUUGCUUCGUGUCCCGAUUACGGCAAGUCCUGGCUUCUACGAAGCAACUUUCUCCUCCAUCUACAGGAGCAAGAGGCACACAGGAUGACAGCGACGACCGCAGCCGCACGCCGUGCGAUCGAGAAAGAGUGGCGGUACACGACUGACCCUCAUUUGCCGCCUCGAAAAGCCCCAGAUUUUCGACCUCAAGAAGAUCCAGACGAGCACGUGUGGGAUUACAAUUUCAAAGAUGACACUGGACGAAUUGUAAGGGGAAGAGGCACUAUGAGGGAAAUGGAGAUGCAUAAGGCUUUUCGCCGCCGACAAACGCAGGGAUUAUCUGCAUCAUCGAACUAACGAAGAAUGCAUCACAUUAUGAGACUUGUCUGCUAUAGUACUAGAUUCUCGCCUCUGGGACUCGCUAUGGCUUUGGGAUAAGCCUAACAUUCAAUCUGCGAUUCGCCCCUCCGCAUGAUCUUUGCCUCUAAAGGCCUAGCUUCGCUGUUCGCGAUACAUAUUGCAUCUAUCUGCGCUGUCUUGGUUAACGCCUUUUUGAAUAGGAGGAUAUUGAGGAUCUCGAUGACGAAGAAUACAGUAUGAUCACCGGGUACGGCAGCAAGCGUAAGAAUAGCCCAUGGCAGAGUGAGUGCAGCAAAAGCAAUGACACACGAUCUUCAUUGCGCCGAAAUUAUAAUAUAAACCCCACGCUAAUACAUAUGCGCCUCUGGGGCUCU